GGGAAUGACAUGAUGUUGUCAUGUGCUGGGGGUAUCAGAGUCGCUAAUCAGACUGUCUACUCAAUAUGCCGUCGUCAACUCUACUCCUCAUCAAAACCUAAACUCUCCCCAAAAACACUAACUCAAUACUUCACUAAACACAACAUAGUCUCUCUCGCCACAACACCCGGACGGUUUUACAACUCACUUACAAUCGACCAGAAAUCUAGACUUGUAGGCUACUGGUUGUUAGGAUGCUGCGGGCUGGUCGCUACAACUGUCAGCGUGGGAGGCGUCACACGUCUGACUGAAUCAGGACUCUCCAUGACUGAUUGGAAGUUUGCCGGGAGACGAGCCCCACGAAAUGCUGAAGAAUGGAAUGUUGAGUUUGACAAGUACAAAGCUUCUCCUCAGUGGAAAUACGAUGUGGUGAACAGCGGGAUGACGUUGAGAGAGUUUAAGUUUAUCUGGUAUAUGGAGUGGGGACACCGUCACCUGGGACGUGUUAUUGGCACGUGUGUCGUGUUCCCAACUCUAGCUCUACUUACGCGACCCUGGAUCAGUACCAAUCUGAAGUUGAGAUUAGUUGGGUUUAGUGGUCUGGUCACAUUCCAGGGAUUCUUGGGGUGGUAUAUGGUGAAGAGUGGACUUGAGGAUCAUCCUGAGAGCACUGACAUUCCUAGAGUGUCCCAAUACCGGCUAGCCUCCCACCUCGGGUCCGCCUUCCUCCUCUACCUCAGCAUGUUCAAGACCUCAAUGGAGAUCCUACUUCCUGUAGAACACUCCAUGUCACCAGCACUACAAGCUCUCCGGAGAUGGAGUGGCGGGGUUGCUGGUCUCGCAUUCCUCACUGCUAUCUCUGGUGCGUUUGUAGCAGGACUGGACGCCGGACUUGUUUAUAACUCCUACCCAAAGUUCGCGGACAGAUGGAUACCCACCGAUCUGAUUGUUUUCACCCCGGCCUGGAAGAACUUCUUCGAGAACACCACCACAGUCCAGUUUGACCACAGGUUCCUGGGUCACUCCCUCCUCCUCGGUAUCUGCGCUGUCUGGAUAAUGUCCCGACCUCUGGUGUUACCCAGCAGAGCGGGGAUAGCUGUGCACGCUCUCAUGGGUAUGGGGUGGGUACAGGUAGGCUUGGGUGUCAGUACGUUACUGUUACACGUGCCAACCUGGCUGGCAGCUACUCAUCAGCAAGGUAGCUUAGUUUUACUGACUUUAGCUGCUUGGUUACACCAUGAACUUGGCAAGAAGAGGAUUAAGUUGUUUAAGAAGAGUUAAUGUAGGGGAGUAUGAAGUUCUCUUUAAUUAAGACAAAAUAACAUGUGACCGUGUGUGUAGUUUGGACUGGACAGAAAAGCAGUAAAUCAGUUAUUUUUGAGUGGUGACCCUCCUGAGAGUACUCAAGAGAAAUAAAGCUGUUUCAUAGUUUAAUUCGUAUUGCUAAGUGGCCUAGCCCUUGACCCUGAGUUAACACAACGAAUUAAACUAUUGUAAUGUGUUUAUUUAUUGUUUUCGAUGGUAUUUGAAUUUUAGGUUAGAUUGAGAGAGAAUUUAGUCGUUCACUUUUCUUUUUUUUAUA